UUUUCAUAAUCAUUCGAUCCAAACAACAAAGAACAAAUUCAAUUUAAAUUUCUCUCUGCAUUUCUUUCUCUCUCUAAAAAAACCUCAAUCAAUGGCGAAAUCUCCAGAAACAGAGCACCCAGUUGUGGCGUACGGAUGGGGCGCCAGAGAUACAUCUGGUGUUUUUUCUCCAUUCAAAUUCUCUAGAAGAGCAACCGGCGAAAAUGAUGUGCAAUUCAAAGUUCUGUACUGUGGGGUUUGCCAUUCAGAUCUUCAUAUGGCUAAGAACGAGUGGGGAUUCUCUCAGUAUCCUAUUGUACCUGGGCACGAGAUUGUGGGCGUAGUAACCGAGGUCGGGGCCAAGGUCAAAAAGGUCAAAGUCGGCGACAAAGUGGGGGUCGGAUGCUUAGUCGGAUCGUGCGGCGAUUGCGGCCAAUGUAACAGCGACCUCGAAAACUAUUGCCCGAAACAAAUAUUGACGUACAGUGGGGUCUACACCGACGGCACCAUCACGUACGGAGGUUACUCCAAUCUAAUGGUGGCCGCAGAGCACUUUAUAAUCCGUUGGCCGGAAAAUUUCCCCCUUGAUAUCGGCGCACCGCUACUAUGUGCCGGGAUCACGACUUAUAGCCCGUUGAGGCACUUCGGGCUCGACAAGCCCGGCCUUAGUGUCGGCAUUGUCGGGCUUGGUGGGCUCGGCCAUGUGGCGGUCAAAUUCGCUAAGGCUUUCGGGACUAAGGUGACUGUGAUUAGCACUUCGUUGAGCAAGAAGAAGGAGGCGAUUGAGAAACUCGGUGCCGACGAGUUUUUGGUUAGCCGUGACCCAGAGCAGAUGCAGGCUGCACCGGGUACAUUGGACGGUAUCAUCGAUACAGUAUCUGCGGUUCAUCCAAUUGUGCCGUUAGUAAGUCUGUUAAAGCCUAACGGAAAGCUUAUCUUGGUCGGUGCUCCAGAGAAGCCACUCGAGCUUCCUGUUUUCCCCCUUAUUACGGGGAGGAAGUCGAUAUCGGGGAGUGCAAUUGGAGGGCUUAAAGAGACGCAAGAGAUGAUUGAUUUUGCGGCAAAGCAUAAUAUAUUGCCCGAUGUUGAAAUGAUUCCGAUAGAUUACUUGAACACGGCAAUGGACCGUCUUUUGAAAUCCGAUGUCAAGUACCGUUUCGUUAUCGACAUUGAGAAAUCACUAAAACCCGAGUAAAGCCAAUGUCAUGCGACCUUCAACAACACCUCGAAAGUUGGGCUAUUGUGAGAAAAUCGGAAUAAAACCUUUUUGUUUUUGAACAAUUUCGUUGUCUUUGUAGACUUAUGCUUGAAUUAUAAAAAAAUUAUUAUUAUUAUCUUUAUUGUUCUUUUUCUUAUUUGCAUCAAUUAAUUGAUAGUUUUUGUUUUAUGUGAUAUCUUGAAAGCUACUUUGUUGUUGUUCUUGUAUUUGGUGUAGUUAUUAUGAAAUCUUUGUUUUAGUUUCAGUUCA